AUGCGCUACACACCGAUCUUCCUCGCGGCCCUUGCUGCUGCCGCUCCUGCUGCCGUCCCCGGCGUUGAGGUCACCAACGUUUCCGCCAAGACCCUAUCCAACAAUACGCUUACUUACGACUUCGACGUGCUUGAUGGCACCAAUGGGCAGACGGUCCACUGCAAUUCUGAAUGGGAUGCUGCGACCCGGAACACGGCAGUCACUUGCUCUGUGCCCGAGUACACCGCCAGCAUCUACUUACCUGCAGGCAUUUCCGGCAUCCAGGAUUGGGUUACAUUCAUUGGCGUAGAGGAUCGCUCUACCCGCUAUCUUGCUCAGGUCCAAACUGGCACGUCUGACUAUGUCUGCGGACACUCCGGCACCGAUGACGUCCUCAGCCAAUGCUUCACUGCCCCUGAGGUGAAGAUUCGGGCCGUUGAGGCCAACUAA